UCCGCGCUGAGAGGCGGGCAACUGAUGAUGACGCCAACGUUGCUCCCGCCGCUGCUAAUGUUGCCGUAAAGGAUAGAAAAUAUUGCACUAAGCCAGAUAAGCAAGACAGUCAGUCAUUCCGUUGCUGUAACGUAUGUAGAGGAAGUAUAUAAUACUGCAAAGUUGCUACAAGGUACUGUUACAAGUACUAGGAUUGUUGGCCGUUAUGCAAUACUGCUAUGACCACCAUCCACAGUUUGAGUAGCCCAUUCUGUAGUAGUUCGAAUAAGCUAAACAAACAAAUUGGUACGCCCUCGUCUUAUUUCUACAACAGGAUUUGGUCUUCCGUCGUCUGCCGACGGAAGAUACAAUACCAGCCGCACAGGUGUAUAUAUAUAUUGAAUAAAAUGUUGAAGGGAGAGAGAGAGAGAUUGAAUCUAACGAUCGUUGGCUUAACGAAACGUACAAUUUACGUUUACUUACGACCUAAGUAUGUCGUGCGCAUACAGAUCGAAACUACGACUUAAGUACCGUACUGCAGAAAUAAGGACAGAGUAACGGAGAAGAACCUUUACCGGGGCCGGCGAGAACAAUUCCAACGGAACAAGAAGGACCAGUUACUGAACACUGAAAAUUAGCUAGAGUGCGCUGGAAUCGAACCUACGAUGAAUACUACCACAAACGCUCCAGAUAGAUGAGAAGAUGGAAAAAAUGAGCAGAUUCAAAAUAGAAAAAUUGAUUUUUGAUGGUUGCUGAAGCAUAAGAAGAUAGAAGCCUUUGAAGAGCUACGGGCUGCGGCAAGAAUAACACAAAAUGACAUCACAGACUGGCGAAAUUGGUGCAUGAUAAAUAAUCGACAAUCAAGAAAGUGGAAACAUAAUGGAUGACAUAGUUGGAGUGAUAGUUUUAUUUAUUUGAUUAUUUCGACGAUUCGGACUAUCUGUGCACUAGAAUUCAAGGAAGAAGGUCUACGCGUUGGCUUACCUUUGUACAAUGAAAGCCGUCGGUAGCAGUAGAACGAAACCACUCUGUCAUCGACGCGACAUUUAACAAUGUAAUAAACCAGCGUGAGUCUACGCGCAAUUUGGGGUCCAUUUAAACUCACAACAGCAGGAGAUGUUGCGGUUAAUGCUCUUUGCAUGAUGGUUGGACGUUUGAUUGACGGCGUCGCGCCAUCCGUUCGGGGGCGUCGGUCACAACCAACUUGCUGUUAUCUUUCCGGAAGUACUGGCCUGCUUCCUAGAUGGCUACAUUCGGGUGGCGUCAUUUUGUGGUGGCUUCUAGCGUUACAACCGUUAUUGGAAACUCCUUCAUCGUGUAUGGCCCGCACUGUUAAUUGGCCUUUACAAAGGACUGCCAAUAUCUCCGGGGAUAUUAUGCUUGGUGCAUUUUUCCCCAUACACGAAGCCAAUUCCUCUUAUGAGUGUGGUCGAAUUCAAAUAGAGGACGAAGGUGUUCUGCAGUUGGAAGCGCUAUUGUAUACAAUAAAAAAAAUCAACGAGGAUGAAACUAUUUUACCGGGCGUCCGUCUCGGGGUGAUCGCUCUUGAUUCCUGUGAUAAUAGUGCUUAUGCAUUAGAGCAGUCGCUUGAUUUCAUAAAAGGUUUCAUUGCACGAAACAACGUUUUCAAAUCUGAGCGACAAUUCAUAUGCUCCGAUGGCUCGAUUCCCACGUACCGUAAUGGAUCAUUUAACAAUGUUAUUGGAAUCAUUGGAGGACAAUCUAGUUCGGUCUCCAUUCAGCUCGCCAACCUCCUGCGACUCUUCAAAGUCCCUCAGAUCAGCUACCAGUCUACGAGCCCGACGCUGUCGAAUAAAGGAAAAUUCGAGUACUUCUUCCGGACGGUACCAUCCGAUGCCAACCAAGCAAAAGCAAUCAUGGAAAUACUCAUAGAGUUUCGGUGGACAUACGUAUCGAUUGUGUAUUCGGACACAGACUACGGAAAUAGAGGGUAUGAAAAACUUCAGGAGCUGUCAGCUCAAUACAACAUUUGCUUCUCCAAUCCACAAUCGAUAAACGCCGAUUUCAACGAGACGAAGUAUGACAUGGUUAUCCAAAACUUAAUGAACAAAAGCAAUGCCAGAGUGGUCGUCGUGUUCUCCGAUAAACAGGUGGCGAAGAAACUGAUGAAAGCGGCCUUCCGUAAGGGGGCUUCGCGUCGCUUCGUUUGGAUUGGCAGUGACGCCUGGGGUGGGCUGAAGACCCUCUUUGAGACGGAUGGCGAGAAAGCUGUCGUGGAAGGAGCCAUCAACGUACUUCCUAAGCAAAGGGCUUUAGCGGGCUUUAAGGAGUAUUUUAGCCAGCUCAAUCCAACCACGCACAAAGAUAACCCCUGGUUUGCUGAGUACUGGGAAGAAUUCUGGAAGUGUAGGAUGGUCGAGUUCCCCGAAACACCCUUCAACAACAAUUUUACGUCCUGGUGUAACACCAACAAAUCCAUACCGACGCAGGAAUUUAAAGGACUGCAUUUCGUCCGCGAUGCUGCAUACGCCUUUGCGUAUGCGUUGCACGACAUUCACCGCAUGCGGUGUGGUAAUCAAACAGGCAUGUGUGACAAGAUGAGCGAGACUGGAAUCGACGGCACCUAUCUCAAGUCAUCCCUGGAGAAGGUUUCCUUCAAGGAUGAGUCCGGCAAGCCAUUUCGCUUCCUGCCAUCCGGUGACGCCCCGCCCAGGUACACGAUAAUCAACUUCCAGCGAAGUGAGCGACCCGACGGUAAGCACGAGUUCAUCUGGAAACCCGUUGGAUCCUUUGAUCCAAGUGACGAUGGUGAAGACCACCUUGAAGUGCGACGUGAAGAGAUGGUCUUCAAGUGGGAUCAGAAAUCUUACCCACGGUCGUAUUGCUCAGAGGAGUGCCGCAAAGAUCAGGUUAUGCUAAAACUGGAGGGUGACACGUGCUGUUGGAUCUGCAGCAAUUGUACCCAGUACCAGUUUCUCCGGGACCAGAAUCAUUGCGAGGACUGUGAACUUGGCCAUUUGCCUAACCCAGACAAGACAAAAUGUGUUAAAAUACCCGAAGUUUACCUUGACUACAAUAAUCCAUGGGCAAUCGGAUCAAUUUCGUUUUCGUUGUUCGGUAUGUUGGUCGUAGUAUUUAUUGCGCUUGUCUUCCGACGCUUCUCGGCUACCCCAAUCAUCAAAGCGUCAGGCCGCGAGCUUUCUCAUCUCCUAUUGCUUGGCAUCUUUCUAUCGUUUUUGCUGACUUUCGUCAUUGUUGCCAAGCCAACGGCGAUCACGUGCGGACUGACGCGUUUCUUCCUCGGAUUCUGUUAUACGAUGUGCUAUGCAGCUAUCGUAACAAAAACGUCCAGAAUAGCACGAAUCUUCGCCCAGGGUAGCAAGGGACCUCAGGCCAAAGUCCGAUAUACUUCUCCUACAUCACAACUCUUCAUUACCGCUCUACUGGUAAGCGUGGAAGUAGUCGUCAACGCUUUGUGGCUUAUAUAUGACCCUCCGAUGCCAACGAAUAUUUAUCCAACUCGUGAGGAAAGCGUACUUAUCUGUGCCAGGUCUGAUGACCACAAGUACCUCAUUGGCCUUGUUUAUCCCUUUGUGCUUAUGUGUUUUUGUACUAUCUAUGCUUUCAAGACGCGCAAGUGUCCAGAUGGUUUCAACGAAGCUCGGUAUCUCACAUUUACCAAUUACACGACAUGUGUCAUCUGGCUGGCCUUCUUGCCGCUGUUUGUACUAUCAACGAACAACGCCAUCCGAGCAGUGACCCUCUCGUUUUUGCUCAAUCUAUCAGGAACGGUUCAGAUCUUCUGUCUGUUUGUGCCCAAAGUAUACAUUGCACUAUUUAAGCCCAGCAAAAAUACGAAGGAGAGCAUUAUGUGCCAUCAUAACCGCAUAGGACAACAGCAAUUCUGUCAGAGCUCAACGCUCAGUCGGUCUACGGGGACGAUUUGUUGCAAUGCGCAACUAAGUGGAUCCGAAGGACAUAUCAAUCGGUUUUGUCAACGGGAUGUUCAGUCCGGCGCACCCCUAACCGGAGUAUCGCUUGACAACUCCACGUCGAACAUAUUUCUCGUCGUUCCGCAUGGCAACGAUGGCGGCGGCGUCCAGAGUCUUACAGGUGGUGAACUGCCAUCGGCCGUGGAGCCGGCUCGCGAGGUCAAAGCUCUCGUUCACUUGCGGACAGCAUCUGCCUCAACUUCGGCGACAGGCAGUAGGAUGCCGUGUGCAACUGAGAGGGACAACGAUCCAAUGUAGCACGAGAUGGCCACCAUCCUCGAGCUGCUCCUACAGUUGAGGUACCUGUCUGCGAGUAUACAGACAGGCCAGGGUGGCAAUGGACCUUCACAUGGACAAGCAGAACGUCAGUUCGCACUUCGUACCGAAUCUCCGACGACCAGCUACUCAACGUUUGACCAAAAGGGCAAGGGAAGCACGGAGUAACUUUACUGACCCAUUAACUUACUGCACGGUACAUGCGAAUAUCAAUAUAAUAUAUCCCAUACUCGAAAACGAAGACUGCUAAGCUGGUAGAAUUGUACGUAUAUAGAAUCACUUCUACCAGAAGUAUUUGAUGAGCACAAGUAUUAAAUAUCGACCUGACGGGCCGUGAUUUUUGCAAAGCCGCGCUUUUUAACACACUAAUAAUCGCCUGCGGAGUGUAGGGCCCUCUACGGACGAUGAGCAAAAAACUCGACGAUGCCUCGUCUGCGUACGUCAUUAUAUAUAUAUAUAUAUAUAUAUGUAUGCAUGCCAAGCAGCGCUACUCAGUAUCCGUUACCAUACAAUGUAAGCCCCUACAAGCAGCACUAGCUUUGUGCUAGGAAUUGGCAAAUCCUAUAUAACGUGUGCAUAUCUGCAGUGAAGAUUAUAUACAGGUCGUCAUAUACCGUUGUUCGGCAGUUGUUUCAAGGAAAGACACAACGUCAUCUUGUCAACUAUCAUAAUAAGAUUUAAUUAAUAUUUGUGUGUUUACAACAAAUAGAACCGUCUAAUAGAAGAAGCGUAGAAAAACAUUUGUGGAGCGCCCUGGAGAUUCAUCGCAGAUUUGUUGGCGAGACCGAAGCUGACGAGACAUUUAUUGAAUCAAUUAAGUUAUAUUGAAGUUUAUUGUAAUAUAUUGAUAUGAAGAUAAUGUUGAACGUUUGUAAAUUGUUAUAGCAGAUUUACGAUACGAAUAGGUAAUUAUUCCUGCAAUUUUAUAUUAAAUGGCUAUUGUUUCCGCUCAGAUUCCACAAAAGAAACACUACUAGUCAUAUGAAAAUCAGAUGCAACGGUACCUCUCCAUGAGUUUAUCUAAUGUGCGAAUAGGAUGAGUCGUUUUGAUGAUUCGAGAGUAUGUAUAACUUUACGGCGAAAAUGCAGAGAGAUGCGUGAUUUUUUCCAGCGCAAGCAUCACUAAGUUGUCUGUAGGAACUUUUGCAAUUCGUAGCCUACCGUCUUAAAUCAGUACUAGCUUUAUUUGUCAUAUUAUUUAGCACACAUAACGACUCUAAACCUCAAGCAAGCAAAGUUGUGUUGUUGAAACUAAAAUGGCAAAACUUACAUGCAGUAAGUGAUAGCAGCAAACGACAUUAGUAUGUCAAUCUAGUAGUAAGUAGUAAAUACUUAUUGACUUCUAGAAGCAAUGAAAUCUUCGAUAGCUUUCAUAUUAGAAAUAAACAUAUAAUUCAAUACGAACAACAAACAACCAGGUGCCAAUGUAACGAAAUGGAGGCUGAAAUCAGAGAGACAAACGCUAAUCAUACGUAAAAGAUAUGUCAUAUAAUAAAAUAUAUUUUUAUUAUACCCUGUCUAAUGGAGCAGGGGUGCUACUGCGUGAGCGUGUGAUAAAGUUUUGUCCUAGAGCUUCUUGUAGGGUGUAAAGCCCAGCUGAAUUUGCUGUAACCCAAUUGGGUACACUUAACCCAAUUCGUAUGGUGUACUAUUUGUGCAACACACAAAUGUCGUUCGCUGUCGUUAGUGUUACUAUUACUAUCAUUACUAUCUGCCGCGUAAUACGUGUCUUACACGAUACAAAUCCAUUCAUAGCGGCGCCAGAUUUCAAUAAACAAGAAUACGAAGCAGU